AAGAGCUUGGAGGAUAUGGCCAGGGUGUGCAGUGGCUAGAAGUCAGUGAGGCUGGCUCUCCCACCCACAGCAGGCUCUCCUAGAAGCCCAUAGCCUUGGUUCAUGGAGUCAGGUAGUCUGCGGGGAUGGUCUAGCCUUAGGAACCACUUUCUGCUUCAUUUCAGUGUGAUAUCUUCUCCACUUCUGAAGGAGGAGUAGAGGGCAAGCAGAGGCUGUAAUGAUGCUCAGACAUUGCUCAUAGCUGAACUGAUGAUUAGGAUGCUAUGGAGCAUGUUUGCAAUCCUGGCCGGCAUCUUCUAGCAUAGCAUCUUCUUCUUGUCUCAAAGUUUCAUUCCUCUCAAGGAUGGAGUUAAGUGGAAACAAAGAAACAUGGAACCUUUCCUGAGAGUGACGUUAGACUCUUUUGGGUGUGUUCUCUGUGUUUUACAGGAGGUGCUGGGAGGGCAGAGGGUGGUAAGAAUAUAUGAGCAGCCUCUGUUCUGUGGUAUUGUGGCUGUAGAAGGGUGGUUUGGGUGCCAGGAAGAGUCAGCCUCACAUGAAUGCCUGUAUCUCCUCAUCUCACCCAGAGAGGCAUCCAAAGACCCAGGGCUAACUCAGAUACCUCUUCCCCAGCCCCGAGUGCCUUGCGUGGAUACCCAUAGGUCCCACUGGAGAACUGCCUUUCAGGAUGGUACAUGCGGCUCACUGCCGAACAUGCCAAGAGGAGAACUGGGCCUGGAUCCUUGGCCUCGGCACAGCUUCCAGCUGUGGCCCCUGCGAACCUGUAUUGGCUUUACCUGCUUUCUGAGGAUGUGCCUGAUCCGACCUGCCUUCCCCCAGGACACUGGUGGAUGAGGGCACUCACUGUGUUCAGCCUCCUAUGUAUUGCAGAGCCUUCCAGACCACAGGAAAAGAAUAAUCUCUGUGGUUGUGGGAGGACUGUUGUCCCACAGGCAGGACAUCUGGACUCCUGGACUUCUGUGAGCUCAUGCAAGGAAAUCAGGAAUUCAUGGGGUAUGGAAGAAUCUGCAUGGUAUCAGGAGAGGAUGGCUUGGGAGCCUAGAUGUAGCAGCAGCUGGAGAGCUGCGUUAGUCAUGGAGUUGGGCAAACAAGAGCAUGAACAACAGCAAAGCUAGUCUGGGAGGACAAGGGGAGCAAAUAAGGAAGGGCAGCUGCAUUCUGGGUGUUCUGAGACACUGGGCUGGGUAUAAAAGCCACCCCAGGAAGGAGUUCCAGUCAUCCCUACCCUCCUCCAGACCAGCCAGCCUCCACCAUGUGUCACACCAGCUGCUCCUCAGGCUGCCAGCCAGCCUGCUGUGUGUCCAGCCCCUGCCAGGCAUCCUGCUGUGUGUCCAGCUCCUGCCAGCCAGCCUGCUGUGUGUCCAGCCCCUGCCAGCCAGCCUGCUGUGUGUCCAGCCCCUGCCAGGCAUCCUGCUGUGUGUCCAGCCCCUGCCAGCCAGCCUGCUGCAGGCCUGCCAUAUGCAUUCCUGUGAGGUACCAGGUGGCCUGCUGUGUGCCUGUGAGCUGCAGGCCCACUGUGUGCAUGGCUCCCUCCUGCCAGUCCUCUGUGUGUGUGCCCGUGAGCUGCCGGCCUGUCUGUGUGAGCUCCUCCUGCCAGUCAUCCGGGUGCUGCCAGCCCUCCUGCCCCACCCUGGUCUGCAGACCUGUCACCUGCAGCACCCCCUCCUGCUGCUGACCAGUGUCCCAAACCAGCUGCUGCCAGUGCAAAUGGGACACAUCUAUCCCCUCCCUCUGUGGCGGUGGUUCUGCACCUGAAACAGGUUGGCAGCACACAUAGCUCACCCUGGGACUUUGGAGAGAACACAGCGGAAUGAUAAAGAUACCUCUCGCCCUUCUUUAAGGAUAUCCUGGCUCCAGGAUCCUUCUCUUACUUCAUGUGUCAAAUAAAGCAGCUUUUCUACUCAGCUGUGCUUGUCUGUCCUGGUUCCUGUCUGUCUGUCCUGGCUUCACUGGCAUCAGGAAGCAUGUAAGACCAGUGGUUUCUAAUGAUGUUGCCUCACCGUGGUUCCUUAGGAGGAAGCAUGCAGAGAGGAGGGCAUGGUUGAUGAGUGGGCACGUUUAUGCCCCUGGCAUCCCUGUGGCCCUGUGAUGGACUCACUGUAUCUCACUGCAGUGUCUGCUCCUGCUUGCCUUUCAAAUGGUACCUAUAGUAGGGGCUAAUGCAUGGCGAGUCCUGGGGUGUUUAUAAAAGGUUUUCUAUUUCCUCUGGGAAUGCCCUGUUUCCCAGGUCACAGUAACUGUCUUCCUACUGGGCAGUUUUGAGAUAUUUGAAUUUCAGCUAUACAAACUGUUGUACUCUGAAUCACUUUCUCAGUACUGGGGAAAUUUAUGCCCAUUUUCUCAUUGUUGAUCAAUUACAACAUGACAGACACACAUCUAUCUAGUUACUUCCUUAUAAAGCAGCUAGAACACACGUCUCACUAACUUCUUGGGGUGGCCCCUGCUGGAGCCACAUCUGUAUCUUUUCAUGGCGUGGGUCACUUCUGUGUGUUCUUCUGACACAUGCUUUCUAAUUCAGAUGAUUUUCAAUGAUCAUGUUAGUUUCUCUGUCCCUCUUCCUGGGACAGAAUAUCCAAUGAAGGUAACUCGAAGGAAGGAUUUAUUUCGGCUCACGGUUUGAGGGUACAGCCCUUCGUGA